ACCAGUGUUGCCAACGUAGGCGAUUUUUCGCCAUUUAGGCUGUUGGCAACACUGAACUUGACAACUUUGACAUCGGUGCACCUUCUUCAAUUAUUUUCUAACUUGAUUUUCUAAGAAAUUGAACAUAGUGUUACGACUUAAACAACCAGCUAAUAAUUUAUGUACUCUAAGAACUGCUUUAGGAAUUAAUACAGAAUGUCUCACAAUCAUUGUCAUGACGAUCAUCACGAUCAUGACCAUUCAAGUUCAGAAGAAAUGGGUAUCCAGUACAAUUUGUAUCAGAAGAUAGAUAAAGACAACUUACAAUGUCUUAAUGAGAGUAUAGAAGGUUCUGGUAAAACUGUAUUUAAACCAUGGGAUAAAAGAUUAGACAGAACUAAUUUUGUUGAAAGUGAUGCUGAUGAAGAACUACUUUUUAAUAUACCCUUUACGGGGAAUGUUAAACUUAAAGGCAUCAGAAUUGCAUCUGAAGAUACUGAAUAUCAUCCAAACAAAUUAAGAUUGUUUAAAAAUAGACCAAAUAUGACAUUUGAUGAUGUAACAAUGGAUCCUGACCAGGUUUUUGAACUGCAAAGGGACAGUGAAAGUUUACUUGAAUAUUCUCCAAAAGUGGUUACAUUUUCAUCCGUGUCUCAUUUGACAAUGCAUUUUCCUAGUAAUUUUGGUGCUGACACUACCAAAAUUUACUAUAUAGGACUAAGAGGUGAAUGGACUCCAGGUCAUCGUCAUGGUGUUACAAUCUGUACAUAUGAAGCAAGACCUAACUUGGAUGACCAUAAAUUGAAGCAUUUGGAUUCAGUUUCUAGACAUAUAAAUUGAUUAUCUUGCUUAUAAGUUCAUAUUAAAAUAUAAAUAAAAUGUACAGUUAUUUAUAAUCA